GCGGGGAGCAGCGGGAGUCCAGCCGGAGGGUCUUCACCAGGUGAUGCUGUCCAGAGCCGCCUGACUGCGGAUCCGCGGAACACGAAUGGAUCCUCAUUUAAGACGGAGCUGGAGAAGGUUGUGUCACCUGUUACCUGUCAUCUGCUUCAUCCUCAUCUAUCAAGCGCAUCUUUCCUGGGGUGUUGAGAGAGUGAACGUUUCUAACUGGGAUGAAUUUAAUAACGGGAGCAGCGGGAUAAAGCAGCAGAAAUGGGACACCGCUUCCCAGGGAGGGCAGGACGACCAGACAGCAGCUGCUGCCAUAGAAACCAACACAUCUGCUUCCAGUCAGCCGCUGGUCAGUCGGACAUCGACCCAGACGUCCAACCAGACAUCCAACCAGACGUCCAAACAUAUGUCCUUCAGCAUGGGGAGGACAGUAAACGCCUCGCGGACCUUCAGCUCAGACCAAUCAUCUGCAAUCGUAGCACCAUCAAGUCCAACAAGAACAAAGCCAUCCAGUCAAUCACCAACAAUUACAGCAUCAACCAGCCAAUUACCAGGAAGCACAGCACAAACUAGCCAAUCAACAACAUCAGCAUCAACCAGCCAAACACCAGGCAGAACAGCACAAACUAGCCAAUCAUCAACAACUACAACAUCAACCAGCCAAAUACCAAGCAGAACAACAAAACCUAGCCAACCAUCAGGCAGCUCAACACAAGCCAGCCAAUCACAAACCAAGACAACAUCCAAACAAUCACAAACCAGCAAAUCACCAAGCAGCACAACACAUACCAGCCCAGGUACCACAACACAAGUCAGCCAAUCAUCAGGGAGCACAACAACAUCCAGCCAAUCACCAAACAGCACAACACCAUCCAGCCAAUCACCAGGCAGCACAACAACAUCCAGCCAGUUACCAAGCAGCACAACAACAUCCAGCCAAUCACCAAGCAGCACAACACAUGCCAGCCAAUCCCCAGGCACCACAACACAAACCAGCCAAUCACCAAGCAGCACAACACCAACCAGCCAAUCAUCAACAACCAUAACAUCAACUAGCCAAUCACAAGGCAGGACAACACAACCCAGCCAAUCAUUAACAACCAUAGCAUCAACUGGUCAAUCACCAGGUAAAACAACACAACACAACCGAUCACCAACAACCACAACAUCAACUAGCGAAUCACCAGGCAGCACAACACACACCAGCCAACUGCCAAUAACUGCACCGCUGAACAGCCAAUCAUUAGGCAGAACAACACAAGCCAGUCAAUCACCAACCAAGACAGAAUCAUUUAACCAAUCACAAACCCACCCAGUACUAGCCAGUCAAUCACCGACCACCACAGAAUCAACAGGCCAAUCACCAGACCACAAAGCACACAUCAGACAAUCACCAACCGCCACAGCACCAUCUGGCCAAUCAACAACCACCACAAUAACAUCCAACCAAUCACCAACCACCACAGCACCAUCUGGCCAAUCAACAACCACCACAAUAGCAUCCAACCAAUCACCAACCACCACAGCACUAUCUGGCCAAUCAACAACCACCACAAUAACAUCCAACCAAUCACCAAGCACCACAGCGCCAUCUGGCCAAUCAACAUCCACCACAAUAACAUCCAACCAAUCACCAACCACCACAGCACCAUCUGGCCAAUCAACAACCACCACAAUAGCAUCCAACCAAUCACCAACCACCACAGCACUAUCUGGCCAAUCAACAACCACCACAAUAACAUCCAACCAAUCACCAAGCACCACAGCGCCAUCUGGCCAAUCAACAACCACCACAAUAACAUCCAACCAAUCACCAACUACCACAGCACCAUCUGGCCAAUCAACAACCACCACAAUAACAUCUAACCAAUCACCAACCACCACAGCACCAUCUAGCAGGUCUCCAACAUCCACAAUCACAAUAAAACAAUCACCAGCCGAAACAACUGAAUCCAGCCAGUCACAACGCAGCUCAAGUCCAUCCAGCCAAUCACCAGGCACCACAACACCAGCCAGGCAAACACUAGCUAAAAAGACAUCACCUAGCCAAUCACAGACCAGCACAGCAACAUCAAGUACAGUACCAGCCAAUCAAUCACCAGUCACCAAAGCAUUAACCAACACAUCUUCUGAUCAAUUAAAGUCCAGCCAAUCACCAACUUCACUGAGCCAGCCACCAACAUCAAAUCAACCCUUACUCACCUCAACAUCUUCAAAUCAACCACCACCUAAUCAGUCCAUGAUCGUCUUAGACACUUCACACCACAUAUCACACAGUUCGACAUCUAAUAACCAAUCGCUGCCACAUUCUGCACCAUCUGACAAAUCACUGACCAGCUCAGCGCCAUCAAACCAAUCAUCUGGAAACUCAGUCAGUGGAGAUUUUUCACCAGACGAGCGUCCAGUUAAUGUUUCCCUGCUCACCAGGCAGGCAAAGGAAGCCCUGAGGUCAUCUUUUCCACGGAUUCCAGGUGAUCCUUGUGUGUUUCCCUGCCUGAACGGAGGACAGUGUGUUCAGUUGGAGUCAUGUGACUGCAGCAUGUAUCAGGCCACAGGUCACAGAUGUCAGACAGUUCCAAACCCCGGCUUUGAGAGGGAGAUGACUUGCCGAUCUUGGGGUCAGUACAACUUUGAGACCUUCGACGGCCUCUACUUCUACUUCCCCGGCCGAUGCACCUACACAUUACUGAGGGACUGUGAGGAGACCACGCAGGCCAGCAUGGUCGUCCAGGUCCACAAUGAUCCCGGCUGUAGCUCUGCCCCCUACACCUGCCAGCGCUCCGUCAGUCUCUUCCUGCCGUGGGAAGGCGAGGUCCGGCUGCACACCACCAACGUGACCUUCAAAGGCCAAAUUCUGCAGCUGCCUCAUCACAUCCACGACCUGCAGCUGGAGCAGAUCUCCCAGUAUGUUCUGGUAACGCAGCAGCACGGCUUCACGCUGGCCUGGGAGGGACGCAGCGGCUCCGUCUACAUCAAACUCAGCCCAGAGUUUGUGGGAAGAACCUGUGGAUUGUGCGGUAACUUCAACGCCGACGUCCAGGAUGACCUGAAGACGAGCUACGGUGUGCUGACUCAUGAAAUAGAAAUGUUUGGGAAUAGCUGGGUGGAGGCAGAUCCACACCAGGACCGAUGUCCAACGGUGCCCUCUGGUUUCGCUUCACCUUGUGCUGCAGUCGAUGCUCAAGUCCUGCUGAAAGUGGACGAGGUGUGCGCAAUGCUGCUGGAGCCGCCAUUUCAGAGCUGCCACGACUUUGUGAGCCCGCUGUCCUACAUGGCCGGCUGCUCCAACGACCUCUGCAUGUCGGGUCCCAACGGCGAUGUGGUAUGCCAGGUGUUCAGCGAGUAUGCCCGAGCCUGCGCCCAUGCUGACCACCCACUGCACGACUGGAGGCAGCACAUUCCACAGUGUGCGAAGCAGUGUCCUCUAGGACUGCAGUACAGGGAAUGCAUCAGCUGCUGCCCGGCGUCCUGCAACCUGGAGCGAACGUGCAUCGACAGCAAGCUGGCAUGCCUAGAUGGAUGCUAUUGUCCCGAUGGUCUGAUAUAUGAGGAUGGAAGCUGUGUGACGCCAUCCGACUGUCCCUGCGAGUACCACGGCAUGUUUUAUCCAUCUGGCCAAACGCUGCAGGAGGAAUGCAAUAACUGCACAUGCAUGGGUGGAGUGUGGAACUGCACCAACUACAGCUGCCCAGGUGAAUGCUCGGUGACAGGCGAUAUGUAUUUUCAGUCCUUUGACGGGCGGGUUUACACUUUCCCAGCCACAUGUCAGUACGUCCUCGCCAAAAGUCGCAGCUCAGGAAGGUUUACAGUCACCGUCCAGAACGCCCCCUGUGGAGCUAAUUUGGAUGGGGCCUGCAUCCAGUCAGUUAACCUGGUUAUUGACGAGGAUCCAAGAACAGAGAUUACACUGAGUCACGUUGGAGAAGUCUUCAUGGCCGGACAGUACCGCAUCUCCCUGCCCUAUUCUGACGACAUCUUCCACAUCCAGGAGCUGUCGUCGAUGUUCCUGCAGGUGAGGACGGCGUUCGGCCUGCGUCUGCAGUACAGCUGGAGGGAGUUUCGCCUCUACCUGCAGGCCGACGAGCUGUGGAAGGACGACACGGUGGGGCUGUGCGGCACCUUCAACGGCAACAUUCAAGAUGACUUCCUAUCUCCAUCAGGCAUGAUAGAAAGCACUCCUCAGUUGUUUGGAAAUGCCUGGAGGGUCUCGUCAGCCUGUUCGUCCAGCCUGAGUACACCUCAACUAGACCCCUGUGACACACACCAGCAGGCCGUGACCUAUGCCUCAGAGAUGUGCGAUGUGCUGAACCAGGAUCUGUUCUCCGCCUGUCACGAAUACCUCAGUCCGACACCCUUCCAUCAGCAGUGUCGCUCAGACACCUGUAAAUGUGGGACGCCGUGUCUCUGCUCUGCGUUGGCCCACUACGCUCGCCACUGUCGCCGAUUCUCCAUCAUCGUCGACUUUCGAUCGCACAUCCCCGACUGUGCCGCCACCUGUCCUGUCACCAUGCAGUAUGGCACCUGUGUGUCGUCCUGCCAGCGCCGAUGCUCCUCCCUCUCCGUCCCGCAACGCUGUGGGGAGGAGUGUGAGGAAGGCUGCGUCUGUCCUCUGGGGUCCUUCUACAACCACCGAACACACACCUGUGUCCACAGGAGUGAGUGUCCUUGUAGUUUCCUCGGAGCAGAUUACGAACCAGGAGAUGUGAUCAUGACAUCAGCAGGUGUUCAGCUCUGUCUGAACGGUAAACUGGUGUCCCAAACAACAGAUACUGACAGGUUGUGUCCAGCUGGUCAGCUCUACCUGAACUGUUCGGAGGCGGAGGAUGGCCUUCAACCUGGAAGAGGCGUGGCCUGCGAGCGCACCUGCGAGUCCUACCUGCUCAACCUCACCUGCUCAGCACAUGAGCCCUGCGUGCCCGGAUGUGCCUGCCCUCCUGGCUUGUUGAAACAUGGAGAUGAGUGCUUUGAACCUGACGCCUGCCCUUGUCUGUGGAAAGGAAAAGAGUAUUAUCCCGGCGACAGGGUGUCCUCCCCCUGCCACCAGUGUGUUUGCCAGCACGGGACGUUCCAGUGUGUGUUUCGUCCGUGUCCGUCCAUGUGCACAGCCUACGGUGAUCGACACUACAGGACGUUUGAUGGACUGCUGUUUGACUACGUCGGUGCAUGCAAAGUCUAUCUUGUGAAGAGCAGCGCCGAUGUGAUGCUCAGUGUUACAGCUGAGAACGUCGACUGCUUCGACAGUGGAGUCAUCUGCAGGAAGUCACUGCUGAUCAACAUCGGAAGAUCAUUCGUCAUGUUUGAUGACGACACCGGAAAGCCGAAUCCGUCCAGUGUGAUCGACAGGAAGCAGAGGAUGUUCAUUUGGCCAGCUGGAUAUUUCACGGUCAUUCAUUUCCCAGAUGAAGACGUCACCGUCCUCUGGGACCGUAAGACCACCGUCCACAUCCAGAUUGGACCUCACUGGCAGGGGAAGCUGAGUGGAUUGUGUGGGAACUUCGACCUGAAGACAGUGAACGAGAUGCGAACGCCCGACAACAUCGACUCCCCAACACCACAGGAGUUUGGAAACAGCUGGACAGCAACAGAAUGUGUGAACAGUCCAGAUAUCAGACACCCCUGCAGUCUCAGUCCACUCAGAGAACCUUUUGCAAAGCGUCAGUGUGCCGUCCUGCUCAGCGAGGUCUUCCAGGCCUGCCACCCAGUGGUGGAUGUUACCUGGUUCUACAUGAACUGCCUGGCAGACACGUGUGCCUGCAGCCGUGGAGGCGACUGUGAGUGUUUCUGCACCAGCGUGGCGGCGUACGCUCAGCGCUGCUGCCAUCAGGGCGUCCCGGUGGACUGGCGCUCACCUUCGCUGUGCCCGUAUGAUUGUGAAUUCUUCAACAAAGUUCUGGGUAAAGGUCCCUUCAGGCUCUUCGCCUUCAGAGAUCGGACGGCGCUGUUGGCGGCCAGCAGGUCCGGCGGCUCUGUGUUCCUGCAGCGAAGCAACAUCAGCUCAACUGCCGCCUCCGGCAUCCUCUCUCAGUUCAUGAUGACGCCGGGCCUCAGCAGAGCUCGACCACACGACUCUUCGAGGGUUUCCUUUGAGGCAGCCGACAGACCGAACUACUUCCUGUACGUGAGCGCCAGCGGCCAGGUGAGGCUGGCCAAGUGGGAGGAGAGAGAGGCCUUCUGGGACGGCGCCACCUUCGUCCUCCACAGGAACACCUGGAUCCCGGGCUACGACUCGCUGGAGUCCCAGGCCAAACCCGGCUUCUUCCUGCACGCCACGCUGCCUCGCCUCCACCUGCUCAAAUACAGACACACCGACAGCUUCCGCAAAGCCACGCUGUUCAGACUGACAGGCCUCAGCUCAGACACCCUGCCGGGUCCUCGGUGUCAGUGGAGGUACGACUCCUGCAUCAGUCCAUGUUUCAAGACCUGCAGCGACCCGUCGGCUGAAGCCUGCGUCACCAUCCCACAAGUUGAGGGUUGCCUUCCUGUCUGUCCACCACACAUGGUCCUGGAUGAAGUCACCCGUCGGUGUGUCUACGUUGAAGACUGUAUUAAGGUCCCAGUUGCUGUUCAGCCUGUAACACCAUCCGCCGCUCAGCCGACCUCUGCAGCUGUCACUUCUGCAACCACCAGCACCACUGCCUCCACGACUCCCAUUAGGACCACCACCACCACCACCACCACCUCCUCCCCUCCACACACCGCUCCAACAACUAAACUCACCACCACGAAUCUUGCUGUGAGCUCUCUGACCACCACAUCUGAGGUGACCCCACCGGUCACUCUGUCUCCUGCUGCAACUCCUGAACAUCCCAGAACAACAGAACCUCCAUAUCCCCCAACAGCGCCCCCCUCUGUGAGGCCAGAGGUGGUGGAGCCGCUGUCUACUGUCAGAGUGACAGAAGCUCCACCCACCACCAUAAAAGACUCAACAACAUGGACGAGCACGACCCCGAGCUCAACUCUCAGCCCUGUUGGACCCAGCACAACCAAGACAAGCACCGCUCCGUUUGCCAUCACGGCUCUGUUCUGGAUCACCUCCACCACGAAGCCCACCGACUCCCUGCCGCCCUUCUUCACCACCCAGCAGCCAACAACCACUGCAGCCAAGACCACAACCUCUGUAGAGGGCCCAACCACCAUCAGAACUCCUACAACUCUGCAUCCAACCGAAGAGACCACACAGGCCACAACACAUUCAGCAGUGGUUACUCCGAUUGUAACGUCAUCCAGUCCGGCUCCGGUUUCAGAGACUUCUGUAGUAAUGGAGAAAACCACUGUUCCCAGUACAGUUACCACUACGUACACAGACACCAGCACAAAGCCUGCAAUAGAGGAGAGAACAACUACAACAACAACAACAUUCGCCCCCCCUGGUUUACCGAUCACAGCCUCCACAACACCUUCACCUCCACCAGCCUCACCUGCCGUAGAAACGGGAACUGUAUCUUUACCAACAGUCACUUCAGCAACAACUACACAAUCAGUCACACCAGUCCCACCUUCCAUUACCAGUAAAACAACACCACACAUACCUCCAGAGACUACACCACCUCCUGUUACCACUGAGAGGAUCACACACAUCAUCUCUACUGACCUGACCACUUCUACAGCAGUUCCUGAGUUACCUACGACAACCAUCGUCCAUGCUGCUCCAACUACAGCUGCUCCAUCUGUCUCCACCUCCGCCACUACAGACUGGAGAACAACUACAGAGAAAGUGACCACACCUGAAUCCACUGCCUCUAAAUCACCCGUAGUUUCCACGACAACAGCUGCUCCUCCACCUCCAAAGGUCACAGAGACCAAACCUGUUUCCACAUCCACGACCUACACUGAGAGAACCUCCUGGUCUGCAGCCGUCCCACUAACAGAGAGAACCACCACUACAACCUCCAGACCUCCAGAAGUUCCAGAAACAUCCACCAUGUCCACAAGUUCUUCAGACACAACAAAAUCAACUAUACCAUUAGUGUCUCCAACACAAACCACUGAUGUACUGACAACAACCGAGACCUCCACCCAUCCUGUCACUACAGAGCGGACCACCGAGCCGUGGGUUCCCCCCCAUCGGGAGACCACCUCCACCCCGGUGUACAGACCCACAGUGGAAACAAUGCCUGAGAUCACUUCUGAAGCUGUCAUCCAUGUGGUGACUACGACUAAAACCACCGAAGUCCCUCAACUUCCAGCUACAUCAGAGCCGACUGUCACCUCUGCAACAUCCAGUGCUCGUACCGCCACCACCACCACUACUCAAACUACAACACCGCCUGAAAUCUCAACAUCAGAAAGCGAAGCCACAACAACCAGAAAACUGGUCACACCUCCACCUCCACCGGUGCCUGCUACUCCUGAGACACACCUCACCAACACCCCUACAAGUGCCCCACCUGCUGUUGCUACCACCACACUCGGACCUGUCGUCGUUCAACCGAUUACAGAAACAACACAUCCAGUGACUGGCAGAGUGCAGGUGUCUACUAGAGCUACAACCACGUUGCCUCCGUCUUGGUCUCCGCUCCACACAACAACCUCCACAGCAGCUCCAAGGCCAACAACUUCCCUGGAUAAAGUCACCACCCGGCUGGUCUCCACUUCAAGAGCUUCACCCGCUGUGACAACGACCACCAUCGCACGAACAACCACCCUCAGGACGACACCUAGAGUUCCUCUGACAACAAGAGUUACCCCCAGAAUCACGUCGACCGAGAGGUCAACCACCAGGCCAGUCACUGCAAGGGUUACCAUAGCAACAAGGCCUUCCACGGUUACCACCAGAUCGACCACCUCCGGCCCACCGGCUGUCACCUCAAGUCCAGUUACAACAACCACAUCAGGACUGACAACUACGACUACCACAACACCUGCCGAGUUAGUCACUACAGUGAGCACCACAGAACGUCCUGACACAACCACAGUGUCCCGCCUCACCACCACAACCAGUCCAGUGCCUGUUCCCACUGUAACAACAGUCACAACAUCUACAGCCAUCCCCACGGCAACCACCAGACAGACUACAACAUCUGAGAAGACCUUGACAACAAAAGAGACUGAAGUGGCACCAUCCCCACCUGAUGUCCUCAUCUCCACCCAGGAGCCCAGUAUUCCCAGUCCUGCUACAACUUCACUCCCAUCAGCCACCACUGCUGUCCCAGACAGAGCAGAUCAGACCAGUCCAGGCAUGACAACACCUCCAGCACCAACCUCUCCUCACACACCAGUGGAAACAACGAGCCGCACAGUGGAGGGAACAACAUCUAUGACCGUGUCACCGACCAGGAUGUGCACCCCUCCAUAUGCAGAGAUCGUUGAUGAAUGUACAAAAUACAUCUGCGUCAACAACCAGCUCAUCCUGUUCAACAAAUCCCAGAGCUGCCCCUUCACCGCUGAGCCUCCCAACUGUGGCCUGCUUGGUUUUGCCGUACUGGUCAAUGGAGACAAGUGCUGCCCUCAGUGGGACUGUCCAUGCCGAUGCUCGAUGUUUCCUGACCUGAACGUGAUCACGUUUGAUGGGAACAGUGUCGCCAUCUACAAGGCUGCCUCGUACAUCGUGACCCGGCUGCCCAACGAGACCGUCAGUGUUCUGGUUCAGGAGUGUCCCGCUGACUCCGAGUCACUACUUCUCUGGAAUUUCACCAACCUGUGUCUGGUGGCGCUAAACAUCACCCACAACUCCAACCACAUCGUCAUCAACAGGCUGCAGAGGAGGCUCUACAUCAACUCACGAUACGCCAGACCUCGAUUCAAAAAGUACGGCUUUGAGAUCUACGACACAGGAAACAUGUACCUGAUCCGCAGCCCGUCCGGCCUCAAGCUGCAGUGGUACCACAGCACCGGCAUGAUGGUGAUCGACACCGACAGCUCCAGCAACAAGCUGCACACCAUGGGCCUCUGCGGUUUCUGUGACGGAGACCCGACCAAUGACCUGACUCUGGCCAACGGCACCACCGUGGGCGUAAGCGAGGACCCGGCUCUGUUCAUCGACAGCUGGCAGGUUCCCAACACCACCAGCUACAUCAGCCACAGCCGCCGCCGUGAGCUCAACUGCUCCACCAGCGACUGCUCCAGCUGCCUGCUCAUGCUGCAGAACCACGCCUUCACGCCCUGCCACGCCUUUGUCCCACCCAGCACGUUUUGUGAGGUUUGGGUUCGAGACGCCGAGUACGUCAACAACCAGUGUGUGGCUCUGGCUGCUUAUGUGGCUUCCUGCCACAAAUUCAACAUCUGCAUUGAGUGGAGGAGUCCAGAUUACUGCCCCUUCGUGUGUCCCGACACUCUUCGUUAUCAGGCCUGUCUGCCGGCCUGCACCUCUCAGUCCUGCCCAAACCACGACUUUGAUUCAGACCCGGACCAGUGUUCAGGCCUGACGGAGGGCUGUGUCUGCCCAGAGGGAACGCUCCUCCACCGGCCAUACUCUGCACUCUGCAUCCCUCCGGACAAAUGUGCCUGCACUGACAGCUCCGGUCUUCCACGAUCGCACGGCGAAGUCUGGAAAGCCUCGAAGGACGCCUGCUGCAUGUACCGCUGCGACAACGACACCAUCGUCCCCGUGGAGUACAACUGCUCCAACAUGGCGGCUCCCGUGUGUCGCCGGUCAGGGGAGGUGAUCAUCAGUCUGGCCGACGACACCAGCUGCUGCCCACAGAAAGUCUGUGUGUGUAACCAGAGUCUGUGUGACCAGCUGCCUCCUGAGUGUAAAUAUGGGGAGAAGCUGGUUUCGUACUACAGACUGGACUCCUGCUGUCCGGACUACGUCUGUGAAUGCGAUCCUGAACUCUGUGAGUCGGAUGUUCCCACCUGCAGAGACGACCAGACGCUGAUCGCCACCAGAGCCGACGGCAGCUGCUGUCUGGCCCACAUCUGCAUGUGUUCGUCCUGUGUGGAGGCCCCUCCGCUCUGUCAGGACGGCGAAGUGUUGACAGUCGACAGCAACACCACAGAUCGAUGCUGCCCGACCUACCAGUGUGUGUGUGAGCUGUACAGGUGUCCUCAGCUCAGUUGUUCUGUUGGGAUGUCGGUGGUGUCGGUGUCGAGUCCGAGUCGCUGCUGUCCGAACCAAACAUGUGAGUGCUCCUGUGAAAAGAUUGCUUCUCCAAAAUGUGGCCUGGGAGAAGCGGCCCAGCUGGACCGGGUUUUCCUGUCCGACCCACAGAACCAGUGCGCCUGCAAGAGAUACAAGUGUGUGCGUGAGGCGGUGUGUGUGUUUGGCGAGCGAGGCGUGUUGCGUCCGGGUCAGACUCUGGUCGAACACGGAGACGACGGUUUGUGUCACAGCCGUCAGUGCAGCCGCAGCCUCGACCCGGCGAGCGGCUUCCACCUGCUGCGAACCUCCAGCAUCAACUGCUCUGCAAACUGCCAACCAAAUCAGAUGUACAUGCCUCCCAAAGACCAGUCUACAUGCUGUGGUGUCUGUAAGAAUAUUUCCUGCCUCUAUGAGCAUGAAAAUGCAACGAUGGGAGUCUAUAAGCCUGGAAAGUCCUGGGUGUCAAACUGCAUGAAGUUCGACUGCGCCGACACUCUGUCUGGACCGACGCUCAUCUCCUACUCCUUCAGCUGCCCCCCCUUCAACGAAACCGAGUGUAUGAAGAUCGGUGGAACUGUCGUAAGUUACAUGGACGGAUGCUGCAGGACAUGUACUGGAUUCCCUCUGUUCCCCUUCCCCGUUAGCCCCUUGACUCCCACAGUUAACACAAACUGUGAAAGAGGCAAAGAAGACGGAAAGUCGUGUCAGAAAGUGACGGUGAGGAUGACGAUCAGGAAGAACGACUGCCGCAGCAACAGACCGGUGAACAUCGUGUCGUGUGACGGAAAGUGUCCGUCCGCCAGCAUCUACAACUACAACAUCAACACGUACGCUCGUUUCUGCAAGUGCUGCAGGGAAACGGGGCUGCAGCGGCGCUCGGUGCAGCUGUACUGCAGCGGAAACGCUACCUGGGUUAGCUACACCAUCCAGGAGCCGACCGACUGCUCCUGCCAGUGGUCCUAAACACACUCAGUGUUCACAUCUGCAAAACCACAAGACGUAGAAGAAGAAGAAGAAACAUCGGCCAUGUUGCUUUAGGGCUUUAGGGUGUUUGGAGGCUGUGAUUAGCAGGACGAGUGAGGAGCUCCGCUGGCAGUAAAUGAUCGCACAGUAAGUCACUGUGGUGCCUCUGCUGGCAGGGAGGUGGUACUGCAGAUCAACAGCAGGCAGCUGCAAAAAAUACGGUAUUUACUCUCCCGGAGAAGCAAAAAUGACAAAAAUGUCGGAAACGUACGACACAACAGAAUGGCGUUUAGAUAGUUAAAUUAUUUAAAAAUACAUCUUAACAAUUAUGAUAGCAUUAAAUGUCAUAUCAGAUUGUGCACACUGAAGCAAUCUUAGGGUGCUUUAAUCGUCCCUCCUGUUCAUACUGGCCUUCUUAAUCACAGUUUAACUACUGGGAGACACAGUUGUGGUUACUUUACUACAAAAUUUUGUACAUAAAUGACAAAUUUCUGUUUCCUGUACACUAAGGUCUUCUAUGCUGAACUAUGGAGGCGUUACCACAACGAAAAGAGGGAGCUACAUAUUAAAAACACAGAACACAGGGUAUCUUCAGGUCCUCAAAAGGCUUUCAAAUAUUGAUUUUAAACUCUUAAAAUAGGCUGCAUAAGGUAUUAAUAAUCGUAAAUUCAAUUGACAAAAGACAUUUUGUAGCCUGAUGCUAGUUGUAGCAUUAGUUAGAAUUAUGUUUUCAUACAUUUUCUCAGAUUUAUCUCCAAAUCUCCUAGAAAUUUCAUAAAAUAACCUUAAAAUAAUUGGGUGUAUUUUUAAUUCAUGCAUUUUCCAGCAAUGGCAGUAAGAAGUAAGAAAUUUUUCAUGGAUUUUUUGCUCAAAGACUCAUUAUUAGCAUUGCCAGCUCUACUUGAAAAAUUUUAGCAGCAGCAGAUUUCUUUCCGGUUUAUUGGAGUUAUUUCACAUAUUCAGAUAUAUUUCAUAUUUUCAAACAAGAUAUUGAUAAAUUAACACUUUUAAAAUCCUGCUGCUCAGAGGUAAACCUUCUGCUUUACUGCUUUUCUGUGCUGCCACCUCCCAGCCAGCCUGCAGAGGAAAGAACAAUGAAGGAAAAAGUAAAGUUGUUUGUUAUUUUCUCUCUCAGAGCACAUCUGAGCUGCGAAGCAACAAAAAAAUCACAUAUUUAAAGAAGGUUUUCUUAACGGGAUGCAGAUAGUCAGGAAACAAGUUCACAUUUUACCCAGAACUCCUCAUGUUGUGCCUUGUUUUUGUAAAUAAGUGAACUCCCUACCUUCCUAAAAUAAUUUUCAAUAUCAAAUUUUUCUAGAUAUCUCACUCUUAGAAAUACGACAAUAAAGUGUAUAUUCAACGAUGUGAAAAAUACUUUCUAUAAUCAACACUAGAGAGGCGUAUUAACUGAUUUAAAUCCAGCUGUAUGUGGAGCACUUUAUUUAUUUAUUGGAGUUCGAUAGCCGUAAACAGUCUGAGAAGAGAAGCAUUCGACCCAACUGGAGAACAAACAAACACAACCGGAGACAAAACUCUGAUUUAUUCCCGAUUACAGAGAAAAGAACAUAUUAGGAGAACAAGGCGACGUGUUGUAGAUGAAUGUUUUCUCUGUGCACUAAAUUCUUAACGUGUUACCAACAGACCCACCUGGAUAGUCGAGUUAAAGAGGAUUUGUAUCAUACAAGUGUACAUUUGCAUUUUCAAUAAAUAUUUCUUCUGAAACCUCA